AUGUCUAGCAACUGUCGAACAAGUAGUGUCCUUACUCGAAAAAAAUCAGUGACCGAAGAGACCGAAGAACACCUCAAAAAUCAACGUAGAACUUUGCAGAUCGUACAAGUUUUGGCUACCGACAACGAACAUCUUACCGGCAGGCCCGUUCUGGAUAAAUUAAAUCGUUUAAAGUCGACAAUAGAUUCCCAAAGCGAUAGUGAUACAUUGGCACUCAAACGUAAAGAAACAGACAGCAAAAGCCUUGAAACUCGAACCAGUUCUCAAUGUAAUGCAGAUGAUCACGAAGUGACGAAAAAGAGAAUCACUGAAAAAGAUCUCACCAGCACUGAGGAUAAAUUAAGCGAUUACUAUUGGGAAAGAUUGGCAAUCAAAAGGCAGGAAGCAUUAGAUAUUACUUUAGAAGAAAACCAACAGUUACAAGAACGCAUUGAAUGUUUACGAGAUGAAAUAGUAACUUCGCAGAAAUUAUUCGAAGAAUCCAAAAAUUUGGUGGAAAUGCUAACGCAAAUCUUUAAUGAUGAAGGGGAGGAACAAUCUGGACAGAAAGAUACACCACUUCUGGAUGAUGAUGAAACUAACUCCUCAACGACUACUAAUAGCAGCAACGAAGAAUAA